AUGAUAUCUUCACUGAUUACAUUUUUAUUUCAUAUCAAUCCAAUAAAUUUCAAAUUAUUUGCUGUAUUUUUAUGGAUAUUUGAUGCUGUUUUAUGCACGUUAGUCAUCCGAAAAGUACCAUAUACCGAAAUAGAUUGGACUACUUACAUGCAACAGGUGAGUUGCUAUGAACAAGGAAUUCGUAAUUACACAAAAAUUGAAGGUGAUACCGGUCCUAUCGUGUAUCCAGCUGGUCAUAUUUGGUUUUAUUUAAUCCUUUCUCAUAUCACCAAUCAUGGACAUGAUAUCCGUACGGCUCAAUAUAUUUUCGGAUUUCUGUAUUUGACAAGCUUAUUAUUAGUUUUUCGUAUAUAUUAUAUGAGCCAUAGAUUGCCUCCAUUUGUACUAAUUAUACUGUGUUGUAUAUCAUAUCGAAUUCAUUCCAUCUAUCUUCUUCGAUUAUUCAAUGAUCCAGUUGCAAUGUUGCUCUUUUAUUUGGCUGUUAAUUUAUGGAUUAGUCAUUAUUUUCAAAUUGGCUCCAUAUUUUAUAGUUUGGCUGUAUCAGUGAAAAUGAAUACAUUAUUGUUUUCUCCAGCACUUUUGUUCAUUCUUCUUUUGAAUACUGCACUUCCGUUCCUAUUGCAUGAUCCAUUCUCGUACUUGCAAAGAUCUUUCGAUUUGGGCAGAGUUUUUCUCUUCAAAUGGACAGUGAAUUGGCGUUUUUUAUCAGAGGAAAUAUUUUUGGAUCAUCGGUUUCACAUAUUCUUACUAGCCACUCAUAUUAUUUUGCUUUUCUUUGCUGGAUACUUAUGGUUUAGGUACUUUUUUUUUUUCAUUCAGCUUUGGUUUCUAUCAACUUUGUUCACAGCAAAUUUAAUUGGUAUAUGCGUUGCUCGGUCAUUGCAUUAUCAAUUUUACAGUUGGUACUUUUAUACAUUACCCUAUUUGUUGUUUGCUGGUUUACCGUUCCAUAGUGAUUGGUUUUUCAAGGACAGAAUAACAUCCAUGCAAAAAUGCUGUAUUCUUGUUGGAAUUGAGUUAUGCUGGAAUACCUAUCCUUCGACAGUUAUCAGUUCAGCAAUGCUUCAUUGCUUUCACAUUGCUAUAUUUUGCAUAUUGAUACAUGAUUAUUAUAAUGAUAGUAAUCUGAAAAUACAUAAAAUUACAUAA